AAACUCGACCGAAGGCCCAGUCGAAUAGCCCAGUUUCUGGCUGGCUCCCUCUGACGGAGAAGAGGAAGGAAAGUAAGAGUAAGACUGUCAGCGACUCUGCCUGCUUAGACAGAGAGCGCUGUCGUCUCGUCGUUUUCACUUUUUUCGCCAUUUUCUGAGUUUCGCCCCGAUCGAUCUCUAAACUGAGCCAGAGGCCAGAGCUCCCAUUCCGUCGACUAGAAAUUUCCCCGUAGAUCUUCGAUCAAGCUCCGCCGACCUUCGCCUUGCUGCCUUCCACCGAAGAAGGGAAGAGGAGAGAGAGCAACAAGGAAAGAUGUUGCCUACUUCGUCCAAAGCCAGGGCUUCGUCCUCCGCAUCUAGAGCUCACUCCAUGUUCCCGCAGUACCUUCGCAGAAUUAUCAAGUGGCAACAAAUGGACAUUGAAUACACGUUCUGGCAAAUGCUUCAUCUAUGCACCUCCCCGAAAGUUGUGUAAGUAAUUCUUGGUUGUUUCAUCUUUUUUUACGGUUCGCAUAUUUGCAUCUAACCCUUUGUAGGUGAUGUGAUGCCUCUGUGUUACUAGGUGAUACACCUUUGGUCUUUCUAUCUGUUUUUUAUUGACUCGUAUUGCAUGAUCGUUCGAAGCUGCAUAGCUUAACUUACGUGAUGUUGAAGAAUUUCAUACAUGAUUCUCAAUUUCCUUUUCUUAUUUCCAGCCCUCUGCUUCUUAAUAUUUAGUAUUUGGCUGUACCAUAGCUAAGAUGUAAGGAUUUUACCUUUAUAACGUCAUGGUAUUGCUGGAGUAAUGACUGUACACGUAUUUGUUUCACAUUUCCGAGUGAUUGUACGUUGUGAUAUCCUGAUUUGCUUUUGUUGUAUGGAGUCGGAGAAAAAAAUAUCAGAGUUUGAAUGUGUCAGAAGUUGGGGUUGCUGGUCAAACAGGCAAGCUUAUCCUAUUGAUAAUGGAUUCUAACAAUUUAUUUGCAUGUCGUUGCUGUGGGAUGGAAGCAGCUAUCAGCACACUAAGUACCAUAAGCAAACUAAGAAUCAAUGGGCACGUGACGAUCCUGCUUUUGUUGUAAUCUGCAGUCUCCUUCUGGCUGUUGUGACUUUGGCUUAUUGUGCGGCGUAUGAUCACAGUGCAUCUCAUGCUGUUUUUGUAGUUAUAUCAGUAUUGCUUUUCCACUUUUUGAUUGCCGGGGUGCUUCUGGCUACUUCUUGUUGGUUGUAUGCAUUCGAUGUGCACUGCAAUUCUUUCUUCCCCAUGUUUGUUAUGCUCUAUGUUAUACAUUAUUUUCUGUCUCCUCUUUUGGUGGCCCAUGGUUUCAUACCGGUUCUACUAUCAAACCUGCUUUUCUUGGUGGCAGCCUCGUAUUACCAUUACCUCAACUUUCUAGGUUAUGACGGUAAGCAAGAUGCAUUUGACUGCAGUGCUACCCUUCCUAGAGAGAACAACCUUUUUCUUGUAUCCAAUCGGCAUAGUCAUCGUCCUUUCUCCCAUUUUAAUUCUAAGCGGGUUCAGUCCUUCAAGAUACUUCAUGAACAUGUACUUCAGUCAAAGGCUGUGAUAUACCCACCCAAGGCAGCUAACAGCAUUUACGACAUAGCAACAUAUGUUUUGGAGGCAUUCCGUUAGGUACGCGAUUGCAUCAAAGUUAUUGGAGGGAAGACAUAAUUCUUUUGGUGUAAAUGUGAGAACUGAGACCAGGGCCCCUUGAAACAGAAGAUCAUUGUAGUAACUCUUGAAACCAGGAAGCAGUAUAAAUGAAGCGCACAAAGUGGUUGGAAGUGGAGUUUUCUUACCCCUCGGAAUCGAGGGUUAGUCUAAUACAUGGUCAUGUAGAUCCAUGAUGUAAUCCUUUUGAUUGUUUUUUGUUGUCAAAUCUGGUGGGUGGGUUCUUCUGGUUAGCAUGGUUUUUCCUCCCAUCUGAAACUUUUGUUCUUGAAUGUGGAAGUUUUACGAUGUUGCACAUUCACUUACGACUAUAUCUCUCUCUAAUCAGGAUUUGGAGUCAAUGUGCAGAGUCUUUGCAAGUCUUUUCUGGUCUUGCCUAGUUA